AUGAAUGGUUUACCAAAUCUGCAAAGAAAGUCAGAAAAAGAGGUCCUAUUUCACCGGGUCCUAUUUCUCCAUGGCCUAUUUUUGGGUCCUAUAUCUCCGGGUCCUAUUUGUCGGGGUCCUAUUUCUCCGGCUACCUUCAAGUUGGAUACAGUUGAUAUUGAAGGAAAGAAUGACUUGUUAAAUCCAGUUCAGUAUAAAGCUGUGGAAUCAAUUACAAAAACAAUAGUUUGCGCAUCAGACCGCGAACCCAAAGUUGCUCUUUUACAGAGUCCACCAGGUACCGGUAAAUCGCACGUCAUCGUCGAAUUGAUUUCCCGGAUGUUAUAUACACACUACGAGAAGACUAAUAAGUAUCCACGCAUAUUGGUUUGUGCCCCGUCAAACAACGCAGUUGAUGAAAUAGCUGCCCGCCUCAUGCAUGUUCGUGAUGCAAGAAAAAGCAAUUAUCAUAUUGUACGAGUCGGUGUUACAACGUCAAUGCACCCAAGCGUUGCAAAAAUCUCGUUGGAAGAAUUAAUAAAGAAACACCAACAAACAAUUAUGGAAACAAAGGAAUCCCCGGAAAGCUGCAAACUUCGUACGUUGACAGAAGAACACAGUCUUCUAAAGAAAAAUAAGACAUGCUUAAUUGCUUCGAUCGAUGCCGCUAACAAAAACGGUCAAUCUGAUGAAGCGCGAAUGUAUGCAAGAAAGCUAGAGCAAUUAGAAGGUCAAAUCGAAGGAGUUGACCGGUCUUUAAACGAAUGCAUGAAGAAUCACUACAACUAUUUCAAUACUGAAAGAAUGCGUUCUGCUUUCAAAAAAGAUGUUAUUUCGGGGUCUCAAGUAAUUUUUUCAACGUUAAACUCCUGUCGCAGCAGAGAAAUGGAAAACUUGUUCGUCCAGAAUCGAAGGGGGACAGCAUUUCUUUGUUGUAUAAUAGACGAAGCGUCUCAGUGCACAGAACCCGAAUCACUGACACCACUUGUAUUUGGCAUCAGCAAAUUGGUUUUAAUUGGGGAUCCAGACCAACUACCAGCUACAGUUACAUCUCCGUACGCUGCACGAAAUCGGUUUGAUCAGUCUCUUUUCAACCGUUUUUAUUCGUCGCGAUUAUCAACUAAUUCGGAGGACGAAGAGGGUGUUCUUAUGUUGGAUACGCAAUAUCGGAUGGCAGCGAAGUGUUAGAGAAAUUGUUAUUUUCGUCGCCAGUUUCGUAGCUUGAUUUUCAUCGUUUUGCUAUUUAAAAUUCCUACCUUUAAUGUGAUCUAAAAGAUUCAGAAAUACAAAAUAUGUAAAAAGCUCCUUCCCCAUAGAGUGCGGCACGCCGAGACAAUUUUGCUGCCAGGAAAUUUCCCUAGUUUUAAAUCUUGUCCUUAAUGCGAAGGAAUCGAAUUUGUGUUCAUACUGCUAUACCUUGCCAUGAUUGUUACAUAUGGAUAUCUUUAACUUAUCUUUAACCCCCCACGCAAUAACCAAUAGACAGCUACUGGGCCAUGGCAGAAACCUUAUUGCUGCCUCGAUGGCCCGUGUCUAACACACUGCCUUCUUUUAGCUUCCUAUCCAGCUGUUUCAUAUUGCGCUCCAAAUUGCUGUGCUUUUCAUUGAUUGCUUCAACGGGUAAGCCGUGGAUACGUCGAUUGAUCGCUUCAAACUGUUUAACCAAAAAAUGAUUAGGAAGAGGCCAGAUGUCAAAAAAUGAAAUAUUUAGGAUACCUUAUCGGUGAACGCAUCCCUAUUCCAUUUGGGAACUUUGUUAUCGUGUGGAUCUUUCAACCCGCCAGGUGUUUGAUUCUCCUCAAUCUUUUUUUUUCUAAAGCCGAGAGUUGCCAGUCAUUCUUAUCCAAUUUUCCUGAAUUACAAGCAACAACAACAAAAAAAACAUGAAUUCAUUUCCAUAUUUCAGAAAUAAAACAAAACAACAAAAAAGAAAAAACAAAAACAAUUCUACCUAUGGCUCGGAUUAGAUCUUUCGGUUUCUUGUCAGUUGGACGGUUGCCUCUCAGCUUGGCUUCCAAAUCACGGACUUUAUUGCUCAGCGAUUCGCUGCCUUCUGAUGCGCCACCUCCACGAGCUCCUGGUUUGCCAGUUCGAUCCUGUAGGUAUAGGAAAAAAAAGUUAAAGAUAAGAAAAAUCGAUCAAACAAACACUCGAUCCGGCAAUGUCAAAUGCUGAGAACAUAUCCAAUGCAAACAAACACAACCGCAGACGCAAAACAAAGAUAAAUAAAAGGGUGCGCCACUCGUAA